GCCAAUGCUUGCAAUGGGGACAGCAUUGCCUCCAGCCAUGGCCAGCACAGUAAGCUCCAGUACCAGCACUUCCAGCUCAGAACUGUCUUCACUGUCAGAGAACAUCAAUAAUGCUGCUGACAUCUCUGUCAUUGUCAUCUAUUUCGUGGUGGUGAUAGCUGUUGGAGUGUGGGCAAUGUUGAAGACAAACAGAAGCACUGUUGGAGGCUUCUUCCUGGCAGGUCGAGCUAUGACCUGGUGGCCGAUGGGUGCCUCUCUGUUUGCAAGCAACAUUGGCAGUGGCCACUUUGUGGGCCUGGCUGGGACAGGUGCAGCUUCAGGAAUUGCUGUUACCGCAUUUGAAUCACAUUCGUUUCUCUUGUUGCUGGUUCUGGGGUGGUUUUUUGUCCCCAUCUACAUCAAGGCAGGGGUGAUGACCAUGCCAGAAUACCUCAGGAAGCGGUUUGGUGGGAAGAGACUUCAGAUCUACCUAUCAGUCCUCUCCCUCUUCAUCUGCGUGGCUUUGACAAUCUCAUCAAACAUAUUUUCUGGAGCCAUAUUCAUAAAGCUGGCAUUUGGACUGGACCUUUACUUGUCGAUCUUCAUCCUUUUGGCUAUCACUGCUGUUUUCACAAUCACUGGGGGCUUGGCAUCCGUGAUUUACACAGAUACCCUCCAGGCCAUUAUCAUGCUGAUUGGAUCUUUCAUCCUCAUGGUGUUUGCAUUUAUUGAAGUUGGAGGCUAUGAAAAUUUUACAGAGAAGUACAUGAAUGCUAUCCCAUCUGUAAUUGAGGGGGACAACCUGACAAUCAGCCCCAAGUGCUACACUCCUCAGCCGGACUCCUUCCACAUCUUCCGAGAUGCUGUCACUGGAGACAUUCCAUGGCCAGGAACUGCAUUUGGAAUGGUUAUUACAGCUUUGUGGUACUGGUGCACAGACCAAGUCAUUGUACAGCGCUGCUUGUGUGGCAAGAACAUGUCCCAUGUGAAGGCUGCCUGCAUAGUGUGUGGGUACCUGAAGCUGCUGCCCAUAUUUUUCAUGGUAAUGCCAGGGAUGAUCAGCCGAAUUCUGUACACAGAUAUGGUGGCCUGUGUUGUGCCUUCUGAGUGUGUAAAGCAGUGUGGUGUUGACAUUGGCUGCACUAACUAUGCCUAUCCAACAAUGGUGCUGAAACUGAUGCCCAUGGGACUUCGAGGCCUGAUGCUGUCAGUCAUGGUGGCCUCUCUUAUGAGCUCCCUGACCUCAAUCUUCAACAGUGCCAGCACCCUCUUCACCAUCGACCUCUACACCAAGAUGAGGAAGAAGGCAUCUGAGAGAGAGCUCCUGAUUGCUGGACGGUUGUUUGUCACUGUAUUAAUUGUCACCAGCAUCUUGUGGGUCCCAAUAGUAGAAGUAUCUCAAGGUGAACAACUGAUCCACUACACAGAAUCCAUUUCUAGCUACCUUGGGCCUCCUAUUGCAGCUGUCUUCCUGCUUGGAGUCUUCUGUAAAAGGGUCAAUGAACAAGGUGCAUUCUGGGGUCUGAUGGUUGGACUCGUGAUGGGCCUUAUCCGUAUGAUUGCAGAGUUUUCUUAUGGGACAGGGAGUUGCCUGGUCACCACUAACUGUCCCAAGAUCAUCUGUGGAGUGCACUAUCUAUAUUAUGCCAUCAUUCUCUUUUCCGUGUCUGUGUUGGUUAUCCUGGGAGUUUCUUUCUUAACAAAACCCAUUCCUGAUGUACAUCUGUAUCGCCUGUGCUGGACUUUUCGGAACAGUGAGGAGGAGAGAAUCGAUUUAGAUGCAGAAGAUAAAAGGGAGGAAGGAGCUGAUGAUGGGACUGAAGAGGACCAAUCUGAGAAACCUCGUGGAUGUCUCAAGAAGACUUAUGACUUAUUCUGUGGUUUGCAAAAAACAGGACCCAAGCUGACUAAAGAAGAAGAAGAAGUCCUGAAGAAGAAACUCACAGACACAUCAGAGGAGCCCUUCUGGAGGACUGUUGUGAAUGUCAAUGCCAUUGUCCUCCUGACUGUGGCAGUUUUUUUCUAUGGCUAUUUUGCCUGAAUUCUAUCUCAGUCACGACAAUAUUGGCUAAGCAAAGGACCAUUUUAUGUGCUUUCAUUUUAUAGUUUAUCUUACAAGGGGACAUUAGCAAUUUGCUAAUUUUAUCUAAUAAGAUUAUAUCAGACUGGAAUUUUUGUUGUCCCUCCAUGUAAAUAAAAUAGUUUAUAAUUUAUAAAACUACUAACGUGACUUCAUGUAAAUAUGUGAAGUAGGCAAAGAGACAAAAAUCCUUUUUUGUACUUUUAUGAAGUAUCAUUAUCAAGUGAAAUUUUAUAGAUUUAAGAAAUAAAAUGUGAUGAUUUCAUAUGUAAGUUAUGAAAGUAUUACUAGAACCAAGUCAACUGGCACAUCCACAUCAUAAAUACUUGCCCUUUUGUAUUAUACACAGAGAAAACACUUAUCUGCUCUCAGCAAAUUUGAAAUAUACAGUACAUUAUUAUUCAUAGGCACAGUGCUGUGCAUUAUUAGACCUCCAUAACAUAUUCACCUUAUAGCCAAACAUUUGCACCUUUUGACCAUCAACUUUUCCAUCCCUGAGCCCCUGGAAAAAUAACACUGCUAUAGAGUAUCUUGUGCUGCUGUAACAAAUAUGAAAUAUUAGGAAUUAUGAAUAGUGGGGAUUGUUGGUUUCCUGGUUUUAUUUUGAUUUUUUUAUUGUUUGUUUUUUUCGUUCUCCAGAUAUGGAAGGACACUAUUUAAGAGCCAGAAUCUGGAGAGGACAUUUUUGCUACAUCAUUCCAUGGUAGAAGGUGGGUGGUCAAGAGAAUAUGUGAUAGAAAGAGAAGGGGACCACAUUUGUCUUUUUAUGGGGAAUCUACUCCUGUAAUAACACUAAUUAAUUCCUGAGGGAAGAACCCUCAUGAAUUGGUCACUCCCUAGAGGUCCCUCUUCUCUGCAUUGAUGUUAGGAAUUAGAUUUCAACAUAUGAACUCUGGAGGAUCUAUUCAACUAUAGAAUUCUCUUCAACACCUUAUCUUCAAAUUAUAUCCAUUUCAUUAUUGUGACACCAAAGGUAUUAAUAUGUUUGCAGAACAACUCAGGAGUCAAAAAACUCUAGUAAAUCAGAUAUGAAUGAGACUCAAGGCAUAAUCCAUUCUAGAACGCCCCCUGCUGUCAUCCUGGGAAACCAAACAUGCUACUUCCAGAGCACACUGGUGGGGUAGGCAUGGGAUAGACACUCAUUCCUAAAGGGAGACAAAGACAAGAAGAAAGGAGUCACUGGUCAUUAAACUCACGAGGUAAUUGCCUUUGACUUCAUGCCCUGCUUCUCACACACACUGGAGCAGAGGCUGGGCCCCCAGGCAACCUUGCCCCAAUGAUUCAAAUAUGUCUGUCUCCUCUAUGAAAACAACCAUCCAUGGGGAUCUAUAUAUAAAGACUAUUGUUGCAGUGUUAUUUGUGGUGUCUUAAGAUACUUCCCUUUGGAAAAAAAUCCCUUAGUCUGACCCACAUUAAGAGAAGGGAUUAUACUUGGCCAUAAAGAAAAAGGAGAGCAGACUAUUAGGACCUUUUUUAGAGAUGUGAGUCACAGCAGCAACACUCUAAAUAGCCCACCAAGAAAAUAGAACAGAACUAAACAGUUCUCAGCAAGUGGCUGAGUCAACAGAGUAUGACAUACCUGGAAGGUAAUAAAAAUAACCAGUAUGGAUGGAUUACAACCCUUAUCUAAAAUAAAAAAUGCAUCUAUUUCUAUUAUGUUAUAUGUGGGUUAAAACUAACCUAUAAUGACAGCAGUUGAAGGUCUGUCCUCAGGAAUAUUGACAAAAAAGCAGUAUGAAGAUUUUCUGGAGUUGGGGGCAGGGAGUGUUAUAAGUGUUGAUUGGGCUGCACACCAUGGGAGAACAUGCCUUUGUAAAACUUAAUUUAACUGUAUGGUUAAGGUACGUUAAUACUACUGUUUGUAUUGUUUCAAUAAAAUUCCACUAUUAAUAUUGUUUAAAUAAAAUUUUUAAAA